GAGGCGGCGUUGGGGAGGUGGGGCGUCUGCGCUGACGCUGAGCUUCGCUGUCCGCCAGCUCACGCCGCGCCGCGGGAUCAGGGCAGUUCCGCCGAUUACAGAAAACCCUUCUCGCCACCCUUCAGUCCUGAGAAUGUGGGAAAGACCUCGAAUCUCUCAUAAAAACGGAUCUGGCUUCAACUGGAGGUAAUAAUUUCAAGAUGCCGGGACGUUCCAGUUCAAAUUCAGGUUCAACUGGUUUCAUAUCCUUCAGUGGUAUAGAGUCUGCUCUCUCUUCCUUAAAAACCUUCCAGUCCUGUAUUGACUCUGGAAUGGACACAGUUUCUAGUGUGGCUUUUGACCUUGUGGAGACUCAGACUGAAGUGAGUAGUGAGUAUAGUAUGGACAAGGCAAUGGCUGAAUUUGUCAUGAUGAAUCGGGAACUAAACCACUAUGUUAUGGCUGUUCAGUCUGCAAUCGGUCAUGUAAAAGAAGAACGGCCAGAAAAAAUACCUGACUUAAAAUUACUAGUGGAGGAGAAAUUUUUGGCUUUACAGAGUAAGAAUUCUGAUGCAGACUUUCAAAAUAAUGAAAAAUUUGUACAAUUUAAAGAACAGUUGAAAGAACUGAAGAAGCAACACGUUCUUCAGGCAGAGAGAGAAGCUGAUGGCCCUGGAGGGGUUGAUGAAGACAUGAUUGUGACUCAGAGUCAGACCAACUUCAUCUGCCCCAUCACACAGUUGGAAAUGAAGAAGCCAGUAAAAAACAAAGUGUGCGGCCACACCUACGAGGAGGAAGCCAUCGUCCGCAUAAUCGAGUCCAAGCACAAGCGAAAGAAGAAGGCCUGCUGCCCUAAAAUUGGCUGUAGCCACACAGAUAUGAGAAUGUCUGACCUCAUCCAGGAUGAAGCCCUGAGGAGAGCGAUUGAGAGCCAUCACAAGAAGAGACACCAUCAUUCUGAGUAGGGACCAGCCUCCUGUCCGUGGGAGUGGGUAGCCUGCCUCCCACCCAGCUUACAUCUGUCCGCCCUGAGAGCAGUGCUUAUCCAGCAGACAGCAGCUGGCUGCACUGCUACUCGGGGUAGGACCUGGUGAUUUUAAACCAGAGCCGUUUUUCAAGUUACACAAUAACAAUGCAAGCAUAUUAUAUUGUUUACUUUUGAUUGUUUUAUCAUUUUAAAUAAAAUUUUGAUUAUCUGCAACAUGUCCUGUCUGCCCAU